GACCUAGCUCAAGUUCCCAGGGGAGCAGGCAACGCACGGCAGAAGAAAGGAAACUUCGGAGCUGGUGCAGGAGCUGUGGGCCGGGUAAAAAAGAGCAAAUCCUUGUGCCACUGUCAGGAAUGUCUUCCCUAACUGGGAAAGUGCAAACUGUGUUGGGCCUGGUAGAACCAAGCAAACUGGGCCGCACCUUGACCCAUGAGCAUUUAACAAUGACCUUCGACAAUUUUUACUGCCCGCCUCCUCCAUGCCAUGAAGCUACUUCCAAGGAGCCCAUCAUGCUGAAAAAUUUAUUUUGGAUUCAGAAAAAUCCUUAUUCCCAUCAAGAGAACCUCCAGCUGAAUCAAGAGACAGAAGCCAUAAAGGAAGAACUGUUGUAUUUCAAGGCUAAGGGAGGAGGAGCCUUGGUGGAGAACACAACCACUGGGCUCAGCAGGGAUGUGCAGACACUGAAGUGGCUAGCUGAGCAAACUGGAGUCCACAUCAUAGCAGGAGCUGGGUUCUACGUUGAUGCAACUCACUCUGCAACAACAAGGGCCAUGUCAGUGGAGCAGCUUACAGAUGUCCUUGUCAAUGAAAUUCUGCAUGGAGCUGAUGGAACCAGUAUCAAGUGUGGAGUUAUUGGGGAAAUUGGCUGCUCCUGGCCUUUGACGGACAGCGAGAGAAAGGUACUUCAGGCUACAGCUCAUGCCCAGGCUCAGCUGGGCUGUCCAGUCAUCAUCCACCCUGGAAGGAACCCAGGCGCACCGUUUCAGAUCAUCCGUAUAUUGCAAGAAGCAGGUGCAGACAUCUCUAAAACAGUUAUGUCCCACCUUGACAGGGUCCGCUUCCUGGUGGAUGAGGGCUAUGAAGAUCGGAUUCUCAUGGCACAUGACAUACACACGAAGCACCGACUGAUGAAGUAUGGAGGUCAUGGCUACUCACAUAUUCUCACCAACAUUGUUCCUAAGAUGCUCCUUAGAGGAGUAGCUGAGAGGGCUGUCGAUAAGAUCCUCAUAGAAAACCCUAGGCGAUGGCUAACUUUUAAAUAGGAUGGCUGUUUCUGAACACAGACCUCCGGGGUAAGAUUUGCAGUGGAUAUUCGGUGAUUUCAAAUCUACUCUGAGACGUUAAUCCAAGCUCUAUGGGACCAGUGAUUGAUCACUUCCCUCCUAUGAGAAACUGGAUACCUAUCACAGGGAAAGCUUUGGUGGGGGCUACAGGGCUCAAGUGAGUCCUAUUGCUUUACCUUAAUAAAACAAAUACAAAAGACUAUGUUCCCAAGAGUCAUUGUGGAUGUCUCCCCCCCCCCCCCGACUCUCACUACACUACUUGAGAAAAAUUAAAGUGUUUCUAGUUAAGUUGCCCCCUUCUGGAGCAAUCUAAUGUUUCUUGUAAUAUUGAUGAUCCUACUAAUUAUCAUGCUGUUCUUUAAUUAAUGCUUAAUGAAUAAUAUGGCAUUUUAAAAUCACUUUUGCAACAAGGGAAGUUAAAUUCUGAGGCUCUCUUUCCCAAAGGAGAUGGCAAGAAAAUUACCAGUUUACAACAAUAAAAAUAUUUUUGAAAAGUUAACUGUGUUUUCCAUCUAUCUAUGUAAACUUAUAAUAAAUCAGUUUUGCUGACUCUG